AUGACGCCUCUGUAUUACUUAACCUGCAAUUGGCAUGAGGAGGAGUUGCAAAUGGACAGAAUGGCCCGCCUUACUUCCUUUCUCUUCUUCUUCUUCUUCAUCAUAUUGUGGUUACAUUUCCAAUGCGUUGCAAAUGCAGCUUAUGCAGGCAAAGGAGAUACAAAUAUUGAACGCGGGACUCUAGAGAGAAGAACAUCUCAGGUGUCAAGCACUCCAGUUGGUGAGCAAGAAUGCCAAGCUUCCAUACCCAAUACAUUGAAACUAUGGGUUCCAAAGAAGAAGGGAUUCAACGAAUUUGUUAGUGUAUGUAAAGAUAAUACUAGAGCCCUUAAUCCAUGUGUCACUGGGUUUUCCAUAGAUGUGUUCCGUGCCGCCUUAGAAUUGUUACCUUUCAAGGUUAAUGAGCCACAGUUUUCCACAUUUGAUACUGAAGAUUAUGAUGAAUUUCUGAAGGAUGUACCAGCUAAUCCUGCCCAGUAUGAGGCUAUAGUGGGGGACAUGACCAUAAAGGGCUAUCGAGCAUCAUGGGUUGAUUUUACGAUGUCAUAUUUAGACUCAAGUAUUUACAUUCUUGUACCAACUAAACACGGUACACGAAAAAAUAUGUGGAUCUUCCUCAAGCCCUUAAGCCCGAAUCUUUGGCUGGGGAUUAUCAUGGCUUUCAUUUUUGUUGGAGUUCUAAUUGGAACUCUGGAGAUGCGUUCAAACGUCAUCAACACGGAUUUUUCAGGUUCACUCCUUCAGCAACUCGGCAUGAUGAUUUGGUAUCCAGUUUCAAUGCUCGUCCUUCCUGAAAGAAGGAUGGUGGUGAGCAUGUGGUCAAAACUUGUGCUGGUGGUAUGGUUGUACACGGCAUUCAUUAUAAUGCAGAGUUACACAGCAAACUUUACCACAAUGUUGACAAUAGAUCAGCUACGACCCUUCUUCAAUCAGAAAGGGGAUUACAAAGUCGGAUGCCAAGAAGGUUCGUUUGUGAAAACUUAUCUGAUAAAUGAGACCAAAUUCGAUGCGUCUCGUAUCAUUCCAUAUUCGACUAUCGAUGACUAUCAGGAGGCCUUGUCUAAAGGAAGUGACAAUGGAGGUGUAGCUGCCAUAUAUGACGAGCUGCCUUACAUCAAGCUCUUCCUCCAGAAGUAUGGUUCACAAUACUCUGUGAGUGGACCAAUUAUCAGAACAAAUGGACUUGGCUUUGCAUUCCCUUUGAAGUCUUGCUUAGCUCCUUUAAUUUCGAAGGCAAUCAUGAAUCUCACCGAUGAAGGGAAAAUAACUGAGCUUGAGCAGAAAUAUUUCGGCAAAGAACAAAUUUCGGAAGUUGAAAUUUCACGGCUCCCUGAAGAAACACCUAGCCUCGAUGCCUAUAACUUUAUCGGCAUCUUCAUUGUAGCGGGGAGUAUUAGUAUAGCUUGCCUUUUCUGCUCUGAAAUUUGGCGUGCGCGGCAAUUUGUUAAAAGGGUGUCUUCUACUAGGAUUGUUAAUGUUACUACCGGAGAUUCACCUCACCAUCAAUAUCAGCUCCCAUCUACAACUGCUUCUAACUCAACUAUCGAAAUUGUUUCCAUGGAAGAAAAAAGAAAGCAAGAAAAUGGUGCACUCUUCCUAGCAUAGUGUUCUCAACGGUGUCAACUUAUCUUAGCCUCAAGAACAUAAAUUAUUUGUAUUAGGUAAGAAAUUCAAAUAAUUACCGAGUAGGAAUCUUUUAUUUAUCACCAAGAUUCCUUCACAAUCUGAUUUACUUUCUUAUUUGUAUCAAUCCCUAAUUUUGUGGGAUGAUAUAAUAACUAACUUUACUUGUAAACAAGUCUUUAUGUAUAUAGAUGUAACCAUUAAUUGAAUACAAUAAAGAAAUUGUUCGGUUUGUAAUUUUAAA